ACGCAAAAUGGCGAUCAAUCUAAAGAAGAACGGUGACUCUCUACGAAAAACAUGGCAACAGGUCUUCGACGAUAGCUCGGACGUCAACUGGGCCGUGUUUGGGUAUGAUGGCAAGACAAACGAUCUGAAAGUGGUAGAAACAGGAGAUGGUGAUCUGGAUGAAUUGGUGGAUGAACUUAAUGAAGGAAAAAUGCUGUAUGCUGCUAUUAAAGUCAUGGAUCCGAAUACAAACCUCCCAAAAAUUGUCUUCAUAAACUGGCAAGGUGAAGGAGUUCCUUCUUCAAGGAAAGGUGUCUGUGCUAAUCAUGUCAGAGAUGUGGAAAAGUUCUUUAAGGGGGCUCAUGUAACCAUCACUGCAAGAUCCACAGAUGAUGUAGAAGAAAGCAUUGUACUUGACAAAGUUAAGAAAGCUUCAGGUGCAAAUUACAGUUUUCAUAAAGAAAAAGCACGGCCAGCAGAACCUGUUGCCCCUGUGGGAUCUGUUUAUCAAAGGGUACAAGUUCAGCAAGAGAUUAAUGUUCAGAAGAGGGAUCAAUUUUGGACAAAAUCAGAGGAAGAUGAGAAGAAAAGAAAGGAAGAGGAGAGAAAGCAAACCAUAGCACAGAAGAAUGAGGCAGAGAGGAAAAGGAAAGAACGAGAGGCUAAAGAGGCAGAGGAAAGAGACAAGCAGUACAGAGAGAGAUCAAGAAGUAUUGAGGAACAAAAGAGGAAGCAACGGGAAGAUGAUGAACGGAAAAAAGAGGAAGAAAGAAGGAGAUGGGAGCAACAACAAGUAACAGAUGAGAGGGAAAUGCAGCAGGAGAGAGAGAGAGCAAAUUCAUUACGGCAAGCAAGGAUGAAGGAAGCAGAGCAACUGAUUCGCCAAGGUCAGGAUGAAAAACCAAAGUUCCAAGAAAGGACUGCACCUGCACCUCUUCCAGUCAGAUCCAGACCACCAGCAAGAAGGCCACCUCCUCAAGUACGGCCACAUCAUCCUGAGCCUGAACCAGAAGCAGAGCCUGAGCCUGAGCCUGAGCCUGAACCUGUAUUAUAUGGUAAUACAGAGCCUGAGCCAGAACCGGAACCAGAACCAGUUCCAGAACCUGAGCCAGAACCUGAACCCGAACCGGAACCAGAACCGGAACAAGAACCUACAGACCUUUAUGAUAAUUUUGAUGACGCUUAUGACACCGUCGAACAACAACUGAAGGAUGAUACACCAGUGCAAAGUGAGGAUCUCUAUGAUAAUAUGGGCAUGGAUACAGCACCCACAGCUCAGUCUCAAGCCCCAAGUGGUGGCCAGGGAAAAACAGCAAGAGCUUUGUAUGAUUAUCAAGCAGAAAAUGAUGAGGAAAUUACCUUCGACCCUGGCGAUAUAAUCACUGAAAUAGAUACCUUUGAUGAGGGCUGGUGGAAGGGACGGAGCCCUGACGGCAGGUUUGGCAUGUUCCCUGCUAACUACGUGGAGCUUAUUGAAGACUCAAGUGAAGUAUCUCAACAACCAGAACCACCUGCUGCUGAGGAGGACAGAGGUCUGCAGGCAAGAGCUGUUUAUGACUACCAAGCAAGUGAUGAAACAGAGAUUUCAUUUGAUCCUGAUGAUAUUAUCACAAAUAUUGAACAAAUUGAUGAUGGAUGGUGGAGAGGUGUUGCUCCCAAUGGCUCUGUUGGAUUAUUUCCAGCGAACUAUGUGGAAAUUAUCUCUUGAAAGAAAUGACUCCUUCCUGAUCCUUUUCUACAAGAUUUUGGUUUAAUGAAAUAAUUGAUUGCUAGCCUUUUGAAAGAUUGGAAGACCAUACUGCAUGAUGUUGACCCUUUAACUCUCAGAAGUGAUUAACAUGUAAUUUCUCCCUUUAAUCCACAUUAUCCUGCAAACUGGUAAUGAGAAUAUUCAAAGUUAUCAAGUUGUUCUUUUGAUCUAACAUCAAAUUCUCAUAACCAAUUUACAAGGAAAUGUGUCGCAGCUAGAGGGUAGAAUUAAUAUGCAGAUCUUGGGAGUUACAAGGUCUAAUUAAUUUCUAGCCAUAUUUCUCUGUCCACUUUUUGAUGGAACUGUAAGUACUAAAUCAGCCAUUAGCAUAAUUAUCUUUUAUAAGAAUGAAGGCAAAAAUUAAGAAUGCACUGUUAUUGGUACAAUUUUGUAUGUUUUUGUACUAUCUUUUUUGGUAUCUCUGUUUCUUACACCAUAGAAUUGAAAUGGGUGAGGUAUGUAAUAAUGGUGCACCUCUACGCAAAAAGGAAAAAAUAGAAGGAAAAAAAAAAGAAUUGCAUUACUAUCGUGAUGCAUAGAAAUCUUUUUAACCAUUUGUUUUCAGCAAGAUUAGAGGUAAAUUAUUACUGCUUUUCAUGGUAGUGAUUGUUAGCUGGAGAAAGGUACAUGUGACAACCUGUAUAGUUCUCUAGAAAUAAGAAUCACCCAUAUUGUUAUCAGGAACAGUGAUGUUCUGUCAUUGGUAGAAGGCCAUGGCCAUUUUCAUACAGCAAUAGGCUUCCUAUCACUUAUAAUGGAUGGAGCACCCACAUCACACCAUACACCAAAUGCUACUGGUUAAGUAAAACUUGAGAGUAAGAUGCUAGUAGCAGUGGGAUUGUGGAUUUAUACUCUUCCUAAAUGAACAGAAACACAUAAUGUUGUUUCAUAAAAUGGCCAGAGAUUGGAGUAUAGAAGUAAUCUAGCCACAUCACAUGUCAUAUAUUAGUUUUUGAUUUUAGUUAAGAAAAAUACAGCUUACUUAAGUCAUGUUCAAUAUUAGCACUUAUGAAAAUGUUUGCGUUUGAGUCUAUUGCCUUAAUCUUGUCAACUCUUGUACUGCUGCAUAUAAAUUAUUAAAUAAAUUAAUACUAGGAAGCAAGUGAAAUUGUAGUUAACUAAGUGAAGUAAGAAUGAUAAGAAUCACACAGUGCAAGGUAAUAAUGAAUUAAAUUUUAAGCUUUAUUUUUCUGUUGACAGUCAAGAUGGCACAGUUUGGAGAUUUGUAUUUUAACAGUUAAAUGAAAUUUUAUUUCAUGAGA